AUGACCGAAACACACCCAAAAACCAUCGCGCACCCACCAAGCUCCCUCCCUCCCCUCCCCACCGGAACCAAACCAAGCCACAACCACAAACGCAACAAAAGCAGCACCAGCAGCACCCACAGCAACGGCAGUAGUAAUAGUGGUGGUAGUGGCAGUAGUGGCAGAUGCUGGGACUGGAUCCUCGUCCCGGGAAACAUGCACUACGCCAAAAACCGGUCUUCGUUCCGAACAUACCGGCGGGCGCCGGGGAAAAUCAACAAGAACCGCGUGUUGGGCGUCGGCACUGUGGAGUUGAAAGUGCAGCGGGCGCCCGAUGACCAGCGGCCGAAUACGCUGGUGCUGGAGGAUGUGCUGCAUCUGCCGAAUGCGGUGUGUAAUGGGCUUUGUGUGGGCAAGUACCGUGAGGGGAAUCCGGGGGAUGGUAUGGAGGUUGCGGGUGGGGAGGGGUGUCGGUGUCAGGUUUGGAGGGAGGGGGAUGGUGAUAGUCAUGGAGAGGGAGAGGGAGAGAAUGAGCAAGAACAUGGGCAUGGACAUGGUGAGGCGCUGUGGUACGGGGAGGAGUAUCAUGGGUGUUCGAGGGUGGUGCUUUGGGGGGAUCCGCAGGGAAGUUCGGGACUUGGGGAUGCAGAUGCGGAUGCGGUGGAGUUGCCUGGGGUUGAUGCUUCGACGGAGGAGUUGGAUACGUUGUAUACGCGAGUGAAGGAUCGGAGUCUGGUUUAG